GAUAAAGAAUGACCCAUCAUAGUUCACAUAGUGUGUAGAGGGUCAUUCACAGAUAUCUUUAGAUUGUUGAAAAUGGCUGGCUUGUUUUCGCUUUGUAUUGUCCUGUCUUUUACCUACCUGGUGAAUGGUGAGACCACGACGCCAGCACCACACCAACAUCAUGAGCACACAGAAAUGGAAAGUUUUUCCUUCCAUUAUGAUGGAGCUUCACAAUUGAUGCUUGUGAUGGUUGAUACAAAGUGUUACAUAUGGACUCUCACCCACAAACAACUACAAGGUGUUCAUACAGACGACGGUCUCCGGGCUAUUGAGCUGAAGGUUUUAGGUGAUAUAAAAGACGCAUUAUACACAGUUGUACCUAAAGUUGUUCUUGCCUCAAGUAUUCAACACGGAUGUGGAAGACACGCGGAUAGUUUCUAUAUUGUUCACUAAAUACUUCAAUAAAUACAUGUGAAUAAAA